AGUUCACAGAUGUAGUUGCGUGUAGUUAACUUUUUUCUUCGAGAUUGGCUUGGUGUUAAGUGUACCGCUUGUGUAGCCUAUGUGAAGCAAACAAGCAAGGGAUUGAGCUGCGCGAAAGCCGCGUUCGCGCAUUCGUUUUCUUGUUGGGUACAAGAUCGAAAAGAAUGCCCGUAUGUCGAGAUACAUGGUUUUUCGAGAAAAGGUCCCAUCCUUUAAUAUCAUGAUUGGGUCGACCAAGCCAGAUCAUGAGUGAAUAGAAAAUCGAAAACGUACAUAGCUAUUCCAGCUGAAAUACUUGGAAUAAUUCUACCACUUCUACUAGGAGUAGCCUUUUUAGUGCUAGCUGAACGUAAAGUAGUGGCUUUUGUGCAACGUCGAAAGGGUCCUGAUGUAGUGGGAUCGUUCGGAUUGUUACAACCUCUAGCAGAUGGUUUGAAAUUGAUUCUAAAAGAACCUAUUUCACCAAGUAGUGCUAAUUUCUCCCUUUUUGGAAUGGCUCCAGUGGCUACAUUUAUGUUAAGUCUGGUCGCUCGAGCCGUUGUACCUUUUGAUUGUGGUAUGGUAUUGUCAGAUUCGAACAUAGGGAUACUUUAUUUGUUUGCAAUAUCUUCGUUAGGUGUUUAUGGAAUUAUUA